GUAUCACUACUGGUUUAUUUAGCUUGUUGAAAGACAGUCAAACAAAGCUCCUACCUUUUCCUAGAUGUCAUGGAUGAAUCAACAGCAGGAUGGUCUGAGCUGUGGCCUGGCUGCAGUACCAGAGGCCACCAGCGUGGGGCAGCAGAGCGAGGUGGGGCCAGGAGGCAGCAGUGAGUCGGCCGGGGCUGGAUCUCGCCUGGAGGGGCAUGCGUCAUGACCUCGGUGGUGCUCGUUGACAGUGGAGGGGCGGUGGUGGAGUAUAUGACCACCGUGGAGGACCCUCGUCAGGAGGGAGAGUGUGAGGAGGGAGACGUUGAAGCUGAAGUGGAGGUGGAGGUAGAGGUGGAGGGAGACAUGUUGGAAGAAGAGACAGACGAGGACCUGGAUGAAGAGGAGAACCCAGCAGUGAUCGUGGAGGAGGUCCCAGGCAGGGGGCUGGAGCAGUAUUUCUCUGCCCAUGUUCUGGUCUACGAUGACGGGACCUACCUGAUACAGGACGUGGGGGAAGAUCAGGAGGUGGAGACUGAGGUGGUGGAAACAGGUGAGAGACCGGGGUGGGAUGUACACACAGGCCUCGGUCUACAUAUAUCAUCUACCAUCUACCUACCCAACCUGAAUACACUAGUACCAUACAUUCA